UUUACUUAUCUAAUUUUACAAGCUUUGAUUAGACGAACUAAACAGAGUAGUCUUUGGUGCCAGUUUGAAACACAAGAGGGCCUUAGUAUUCAAGGCAAGGAUUUAGAAUCAUUUAGAAUCAUUCAG